CCUCUCUCCCCCAACGUCGUCCCGCGGCGUCACCCUGUUUGUUCAGCCCCUACUCGUUGCUCUCUUUCUCAAUCGCCCUCUCGCUUUCGCUCCCCCCGCUCCCUCUUCCUCUUCCCUCGGAACGGGCCAAGACGAGCUCAAAGACCAGCUUCGCCGCACGCGUGCUCUCCCGUCCGUCGCAUCGCCACUCCUUGUGUCUCUCGAGCGUUUGAGAUAACCCGUCCGCCGUUUCCCGCACCCGUCAACCCGCAGUUCAACACUGGGAGCCGCGUACGGGCAAGACACGCUCGCUCACUCGUGCCGUCCGAGCCAAUUGACUCGACGAAUUCUGUUCGCGGCCAAUACCUGUGGAUCUGAGCCACACUUCGGCAAAAAAGAGGGCUUUCGAAGUACGCGGCCGUCACGUUUCGCACCGCAUUCGUCCGCCGCGCUGCCGCACGAGAAUCGCAGCACCAGCCCUUAAGUACGUCCGACCACCCGGGAGACGACCCUGCGCAUAUAUGGAAGCGUGACGGAUAGAGCUCGAGCACGACACACAGCGACGGAAAAAUGUUAGGAGCCUCUUUUCUACCAGCGCGGUGGCGGCCCGCCGACCAGAGCCCGCAGCAGCACCGCAAACCGACAUGGCUCAGCAGGAAGCUGAACCCGUAUCUGACCGGCGUUUCAAGACGUGCGACUGUGCAUCCGAUAUACACCAUAGUCUGCGUCGCCGUCCUGGCGAGCACGACCUACCUGGGCUUGCUGGAGAGCAGUCUCUUCGAGGCACGCUCCUCUGUUCAGGGAUCGAGUGCCAGUGUGGACUUCGACAGUCUUCUUGCUGGCAGCAAGAAGCUGUAUGCGAGCGCAGAGAACGACUGGUCCUGGCUACCGGUCGAUAGCGAAAUUGACAAGCCGGUCGAUGAUAACAUUGCCCUCAUCACCUUCGUCUUCCCGAACUCGAUUUCGUCCACGCCGCAAACCGCCCCUCGCCCGGCAUCCGUACCCACGCCCUCAAACUCGACCGCAAGCAUCCUCCCCUGCUCCACCGGCCGUCUCCAGUCCAUGUCGCAAGAUGCCUCGCUCGCAUACUCUAUGCCCUUCUCGGAGGCCCCCAGCUUUCUGGCUGCCUCUCAGGAGAUCCCGGUGUCCAAGGCUGCCUCUCAGGCCAGAUACUCUGACGACGGGUCCAAGACGGAGGAGAAGAAAUGGAUCAUGAAGGCCGUCCGAAGCCCGGGCUCUGGAGGUGUAAGGCGUUGGAUGCGGAAUGCGUGGGUAGACUUUGUGGAUCUGCUGAAGAACGCUGAAACGCUCGACAUCGUCAUCAUGAUUCUCGGCUACAUCUCGAUGCACUUGACCUUCGUCUCGCUCUUUCUUUCGAUGCGGAGGCUGGGUUCCAAUGCAUGGCUCGCCAUCUCGGUUCUCUUCUCCUCCUGCUUUGCGUUCCUCUUCGCCUUGAUCGUCACGACCAAGCUCGGCGUGUCGCUCAACAUGGUGCUGCUUUCCGAAGGUCUGCCAUUCUUGGUCGUCACGAUCGGUUUUGAGAAGCCCAUCAUCCUCACCAAAGCUGUCCUUGCUCAUGCACUCGACCGCAGAUGGACGGAGGAGAAGAACGGCCAGAGCAGGAGUGCUGCUCCGCCGACUAUACAGUACGCCGUGCAGACGGCUGUCAAGGAAUGCGGCGCGGACAUUGUCCGUGACUACCUGGUCGAAAUCUGCAUCUUGAUCUGUGGCGCCGCGUCUGGAGUUCAGGGAGGCCUCCGACAGUUCUGUUUCCUGGCUGCCUGGAUCCUCUUCUUCGACUGCAUCCUGCUCUUCACGUUCUACACGUCCAUUCUGACGGUCAAAUUGGAGAUCAACCGGAUCAAACGACAUGUCGCGCUGCGUAAGGCCCUGGAAGAUGAUGGCGUGAGCCGCAAAGUCGCCGAAAAUGUUGCAGCGAGUAAUGAAUGGCCGCAGCUGAGUCGUUCUCGCUCCAGCAGCGACUCCAGCGACCCAAUCGACUCUGACGAACACCCUGUCUUUGGUCGCAACGCACGAGACAGCAGCAUUCCUCGUUUCAAGGUCAUGAUGGUCGGCGGCUUUGUUCUUAUCAACCUCCUCAACUUGUGCAGCAUUCCGUUCCGAAAGACCACCGGGCCACUGGUGUCAGGGCUGUCUAGCGUGGUAGCAAACCCGCCCAUUGACCCCUUCAAGGUCGCGGGUAAUGGCCUGGAAAGCAUCCUUCAGUCAGCACAGGCCAAAUCACGAUCAGUAAUGGUCACCGUCUUCGCCCCGAUCAAGUAUGAACUUGAGUAUCCGUCGGUUCAUUACGCCACCGGGAAGGAUGACUCGACCUUCUUUGAGGGUGAUUAUGCCGAUCAGCUGUACGCCGGAGUGGGCGGCAAGGUCGUCGAAGGGGUGCUCAAAAGCUUCGAGGAUCCCGUUCUCAGUAAAUGGAUCGUCGUGGCGCUCGUCAUGAGUCUUGUGCUCAAUGGUUACUUGUUCAAUGCUGCUCGAUGGACGAUCAAGGAACCAUCACCACCAGCACAGCCACCAAAGGAAAGCGAAGUCAUGGACCAAGUUCCUCCUCGGCAGGUCGCGAACCCAGAGGUUGUUGUGGCACCUCCUCAGACCCCUCCGCAAGAGGCAGAGGUAGAUGGUCCGGUUCAGUCCUCGGGUGAUGGCCAUCAGCGAACAAGAGAGGAACUCGAGCAGAUGGUCAAGGCAAAACAAGCUCACCUGUUGAGCGACGAAGAGCUCAUCGAUCUCGCUUCUCGCGGAAAGAUCCCAGGUUAUGCUCUGGAGAAGACCCUCGGCGACAUGACCCGUGCUGUGAAGAUCCGUCGUGCUGUGGUUUCGAGGACCCCGUCUACCAGAGAGACGGCCAGCUUCUUGGAGCAUUCAAAACUUCCUUAUCAUCACUUCGACUACGAGCGAGUUCUUGGCGCCUGCUGCGAGAAUGUUAUCGGUUACAUGCCGCUGCCUCUUGGUGUCGCUGGGCCUGUCAACAUCGAUGGGCAGAACUUCUUCCUCCCCAUGGCGACUACCGAAGGCGUGCUUGUCGCCAGUACGUCGCGUGGCUGCAAAGCUAUCAAUGCAGGCGGCGGAGCCUCGACUGUACUCACUGCUGACGGCAUGACGCGUGGUCCCUGCGUAAAGUUCGAGAGUGCUCGAAGAGCAGGCGAAGCGAAGGUCUGGGUGGACUCUGAUGAGGGCCAAAAGGUCAUGAAGGACGCGUUCAACUCGACGUCACGUUUUGCAAGACUGCAACAGCUGAAGACCACCAUUGCCGGCAACAAACUGUUCAUUCGAUUCAAGACGACGACUGGCGACGCAAUGGGUAUGAACAUGAUCUCCAAGGGCUGCGAGCAUGCUCUCAAGGUCAUGUCUGAGGAGGCUGGCUUCGACGACAUGCAAAUUAUCUCCCUGUCCGGUAAUUUCUGUACGGACAAGAAGCCUGCGGCUAUCAACUGGAUCGACGGACGAGGCAAGAGUGUUGUUGCCGAGGCAACGAUCCCAGGCGACGUCGUGAAGAGCGUACUGAAAACGACCGUCGAGGCUCUCGUUGAGCUGAACGUAAGCAAGAACCUCGUCGGCUCUGCCAUGGCAGGUAGCAUUGGAGGCUUCAAUGCCCAUGCAGCCAACCUGGUUGCUGCGAUUUUCAUUGCCACUGGUCAAGACCCAGCGCAAGUCGUCGAAAGUUCCAACUGCAUUACCCUUAUGGAAAACAUCAACGGAAACCUCCACAUAUCCGUAUCUAUGCCGUCCAUCGAGGUGGGCACCAUCGGCGGCGGCACAAUCCUGGAACCGCAGGCCGCUAUGCUCGACCUCCUCGGUGUCCGGGGCCCGCACCCCACGAAUCCUGGUGACAACGCUCGACAGCUUGCCCGCAUCAUCGCUACUGCCGUCCUGGCUGGCGAGCUGAGUUUGAAUGCAGCCUUGGCCGCUGGUCAUCUUGUCCGUGCUCAUAUGGCACACAACAGAAGUGCGGUCCCUAGCGCUGCCCCUUCGCGAGCCGCCACUCCUGCGCCGUCCACGCCAACUACGUACGCGAUGAGAGAGGGUCUGAGAUUGACUGCCGCAAGUGGUAGGUAGUCAGUCUGUUUUUUGGGAUUGGAGUUGGUACAGUUUCGCAACAACAGCAACAACGUCGUUCUGCUUGUGACAGACAUAUAGACCGCGAUGAGAGGAAAGAGAAGGAAGUUUUGCAAAGGCAGAUUAACAAGCUCUGCGAGAUCAGAGACGACUGUCGAGACUAUUUCACUUUUUUUUGCAUACUUUAUUAAUGCUCAAUUCUGUACAUAGGCCUCUUGCACAUAGGCACCACGCACAAAAGACGGCUCGCAGAUACCUCGCUGGUAUAACAGGGUGUAUCAAACAUUUUUGUAUGGCAGCACAACAUUUAAUAAAAAGAUGCGUUUCGAAUUGGUCUCACGCUAAGUGGAGUGGUUCUCAAGCUACAUAUUUGUCUCGACGAUUGAGUAGAACAAACAAUUUCAGCUGGCUGAAC